CACCCUUUUUCGUCUAGAUAACUUUCAGUACUCAACCAUUAGCUCACUGUCCUCCCAGAUCCUCCAACUGGGUUAGAGGAGUACGCGUCUAAAGCCGAUCCGAUCAUCAAGGAGGAGUCACCAUUCCGAGGGCCAGGUUGCUUUUUCUCCAGCACCCUCAAGGGACCACCUGGCCGGGCGCGGUUAUCCAGCGAAGGGCGGAACCCUGGGAAAGCGUCUGGUAGGAUUCACUCCUCUCUACCCAUCUCGUCCACCAGGGGAGCGCUCAUCACCUCCCCGGAACCCGUGGGUGUCCCGUCACGGUUCCGGUCGGAAUUACCUAGCGGCGCACGCUGACAUGGCUGUGCCGUUACCGAGAGGUGUUCGGAAGCUGCUGAAGCCUGUGUAUUUCGCGACCGUCCCGCGGAGACAUCGACAUAAAAAGAAAUGGGCUGCCACAGAGCCCAAAUUCCCUGCUGUUCAACUGGCUCUGCAGAAUUUUGACAUGACCUACAGUGUGCAGUUUGGGGAUCUUUGGUCAUCAAUCCGGGUUAGUCUCCUCUCAGAGCAGAAGUAUGGUGCACUGGUCAAUAAAUUUGCUGCUUGGGAUCAUGUGAGUGCUAAGCUGGAACAGCUGAGUGCCAGAGACUUUGUGAAUGAAGCCAUCUCCCACUGGGAACUGGAGCCUGAGAGUGGUCAGUCUGGAGCUCCAUCCCCAGCCUCCUGGUCCUGCAGUCCGAACCUACACUGCUUCACUUUUGCCAAAGGGGAUAUCAGCCGUUUCCCUCCUGCUAGACUUGGCAACCUGGGUGUCAUGGACUACUACCUGAUGGAUGCUGCUUCCUUACUACCUGUCCUGGCCCUCGGCCUGCAACCUGGGGACACUGUGCUUGAUUUAUGUGCAGCCCCUGGGGGAAAGACACUAGCAUUGCUUCAGACUGGCUGUUGCCGUAAUUCUGGACAGGUGCUGGUGGAUGUGCCAUGUACCAUAGACCGCCACUCCCUUCAUGAGGAGGAGAACAACAUCUUUCAGCGGUCGAGGAAGAAGGAGCGACAGAUGUUGCCUGUGCUACAAGUGCAGCUUCUUGCGGCUGGAAUCCUUGCCACCAAACCAGGAGGCCACAUUGUCUACUCCACCUGCUCACUCUCACACCUGCAGAACGAGUAUGUGGUGCAAGGCGCCAUUGAGCUCCUGGCCAAUCAAUAUAGCAUUGAUGUUCAGGUGGAAGACCUGAGUCACUUCCGAAGGCUUUUCAUGGACACAUUCUUUUUUUUCCCAUCUUGCCAGGUUGGGGAGCUGGUAAUACCAAACCUCAUGGCCAAUUUUGGGCCUAUGUACUUCUGCAAAAUGCGUAGGCUGACAUAAUGUCAUCUUUCCCCUGAAAUAGGAAGAUAAAGAAUAUAUUCUGUUAGGCACUGGAAACUGAGACCAAUGGCAGAGAUGUACUCUGGAUCCUGUUUCCAUCCUGUUCGCAUUUUUCUACAUUUUCCAGCAGUAGGAAGUAGGGGUUUUUCUGUCCUGCUGUCCAAUUGGUGGAGCACCAGCAGGUUCUAACUCACUUAUUACCAUCCUUCCCCUGCAGUCUUCAAGCCCGUGCUACAGUUUGCUGACCCCUUAGGGCCUUAGAAGGAGCCAAUGAGCAGCCUCACAUGUUAAGUUGUAAACUUGGGAAGAAGCAUUUAGCUAAUAAAAUUGUUGAAGCUCCAUAGAUUUGGGGCAAUAGUUGGGGGCUUCAUGUUGGUCCAAGUGCCAUUAGGCCUUUGUACCAGCUGGUUACAGUUGAAGUUAAGUUUCCCCUGAUCAGUCUCAAGCAGCCAACAGGACCAAAUAAGCCUACCUAGUUUCUCCAUAUGGCCCAUGAUCUAAUUUAAGGAGCAAGUAACUAAAAAUGUUAAGCCAGUGCAAAAUAAUCUGCUUACUUACUCACAUUGAGAAAGCUCUCCUGAGCUGAAUAAUUCUGAUUAUUCUUCCUGCUGUCAACAGCACUGCUGCUUAACUGUGGCUGGGGAGGCUGCUUCUGCUACAGAGCUGUUAUACUUUUUUCUGUGUUUUGUCCUUUUUUCAUUCAUCUGGCAAGCUCCUGGGUGAUAGGGAGCUCUCAGAGAUGUAGCAUUUGGGAUUGUGGGAGAUAAUCAGCCUUCCUCAUCCUUUGGAAUAGCAACUCCUUUUGCUUUCUGAACACCUAGGAAUCUCCUGGUAUUUUGUUUGGUUAUAGUCCAGAUUUUUGUUCUUGUUUCUAGUCUGUGGCUGAGCUCUGGUGCCUGUUCUUUGACCUACCCUCAAUCUCUCAGAGCUUUUCCCUAAACAUCACAGAGAUUCACUGCACACUGUGUGUUCAGAAGCAACAUUGCAUCAUUAACUGACUGCUUACUAGUUACAUUGUUUUGGGAACUUUAGCCAAAAGAAGGUAACCUUUAGUGCCAGGGAUAUAAAAAAUUGUUCAUGGUCACUUGCAUAUUUUUUUAUUAAAAAAAUUUUUUUUCCUGAAAAAUUGGCCCUUGUGCAGAAAAGGGAAUAUAACUUCAGAAUGCCUAAAGGCUUGUGGCUCUUCCCACUUUCCUUCUUAUUCUCUCUUUUCCUCUUCCUUCAAUUCCUUUUGUCCUUUGUGCCUUUCCUGCUAAUCCUUAUUUGAGUAUUAGAGGUGUCAGAUGAGAAGGACUUUAGCUGAGGUUAAGCCUUCUCUUAGGAUUUGCAUUGUAAUUGAGUGCCUUGGAAUACCUUCCAUACUCAAAAUCAAGUGAAGUGAGGAAGAUGGAGCUUCAGGGAGCUUAGCUGGUGCUCUGAGUAGGACCCUAACCAGCCUCCAUGAGUGACAUAGUCCCUGCAUGCUGUUUGUUCUGCACAGUAGCUAGUAUUUGCUGAGGCUGCAAGGCCUCAGAUGCCUAGGCUUCUUCCCUUGUACUUCUGGAUAUCCAGCCUGGUAUUAAUUGAAUGCUAAGCAGUGGCCCUGGAGUCAUAGUCUAACUGGAGACAGACAGACCCAGGUAAGAGAAGCAGAGAACUACUUUGGAAAAUAAUUUAUCUCCUGUGUCUGAAUGUUUGCCUACCCUAUAACCCAGUUAUUCUAAUGUAGGGGAUAAAUCUUAGAGAAACUUACACAUGUAUACCAAGAGACAUGUACAAGAAUGUUCAUAGCAGCCCUGUUCACAAAGGAAAAAGCCUAGAAACAACCAAAUUAUUCACAAGCAAGAGAAUGGAUGAAUAAACUGGAAUAUUCACACAUGAAAUAUGUGCACAUACUACAUAAAAUUAUUAGAAUGACAGAUACCUAAUGGAUGAAUCUUAGUAAUAAAAUAUUGAGUGAAAAAAGUUUAACUCCCAAAGAGUAACUAUAGCACGAUGUCUUCUUAGAGUUUUCUUUUUUAGUAAGUUAUUAUUUACCUAUAGUAUAAUUAAUUUUAAAUGUACUAUUUAAUGAAUUUUCAUAAUUGUAUAUAGUAUAAUAGCCUUCAUCACCAUCACGAUGUAGAAACUACUUGGUGUGCAAUGGCUCCAAACAGCAGCCUCCUUGGUAGUAUAUGCAGCCUGUUGCUUGUAUGGGUUGUUUUAAGGGACCCUGGAGACAGUCCUUUCUGAUGUAUGUUCAUAUGUCAGACCUUGUGCUGUCCCCAGUCUAGGCUCCAGACAGGUAUGCGUGGUACCUUUGGAAAGCCCUAGGGAACUGUGGCCAGGGUUCACAUUGGCUGAGUUAUCAUGUCCACCCAUACCAAACUGCAGAAAAAAGAGCAUAUAAAUGAGGGUCUAUGCAGGGCCAAGUUGAAGUUCCCUCACCGCCAGAAGAUUCACAUCUCAACGAAAUGGGGAUUUACCAAGUUUAAUGCAGAUGAAUUUGAAGACAUGAUGGCUGAGAGGUGGGUCAUACAGGAUGGCUGUGGGGUCAAAUACAUCUCCAAUUGUGGCUCCCUGGACAAGACGAGGGCCCUACACUCAAGAGGGCUUCCACUGUGCUGCCCUCUUAUUUGUACCAACCAAUAAAUCCUACUUCCUGUCCAAAAAAGAAAAUAAAAGUAU